AUGGCAUCAUUCAAUUUCCCCCGAGAGCUACUUGUGAUCAUCACAUCUCUCUCGGAUACGGAAACCCUCAAGGCCCUGAGACUGACAAACCACAUAUUAUCCGCAUUCGCAACCAAGAAUCUAUUUUCCACGCUCUCACUAUACACCGAUGAUAAAAGCUGCGAGGCUUUUGAGUCAAUCGUAGCCCAUCCGCAGUUAAAAGAACAUGUGCGCAAGAUCCGCUUCAAUACUGUCGAGGCCGACACUGACUCCGGCGGAGAUCACGACACACUUGAGCUACCUCUCAAAUGGAAGGAGAUCCUACCUAUGCUUCCGAAAUUUCCGAAUCUUGAAAGCGUCGUGCUGCGCUUCGACCAAAACUGCUCGUUCGAAGAUGAUUAUUUCGAUGCCCCCCAGUCAGUUGAACACCGGGAAACCAUCAUAAAAUGGCUGGGUACAGCGCUGGUGUCUUUAAAGCAACCCUUGAAAGAACUAGGGAUCCAGAAUCAGCAGAACAUAACACCAUUGAGCAAAGAUUUCCAGCAAGUACUGAGCAAGCUGAGUUCGCUAAGACUGAAUGUUAUGCAUGAGCUCGAAUCUGCGUGUCCUGAAAAUGAAAUCGAGAAAGACGAAGUGUACGAAUUCUACACACGUAUACUGCCGUCAGCCUGGCUGAAACCCACGAUGGGAUCACUUCGGAAGUUAUCUCUAUACUCCAACUUUUACUGGGGAUUCUACCCCAAACUCAGUCUCGAAGGAAUCCACUGCCCAAAUUUGCAGUCGCUCACUCUGGGAAACUUCUCCUUUUUCGAAGAGCGACAACUCGAUUGGAUUCUAUCGCACUCGUUAACACUUCAAGAACUUUACCUUGACGAUUGUCCGAUUUUAUUCCGAGCAAGAAUACUUGAUGACGAAUCCCAGCUUGCCAAAUGUCCGCUACCGAAAUCCAGAAUGGAAUUUCGAACUAGUGAGCAAUGGUGCGAUUCCUGGCACUACGAUUAUCCACGCCGGUGGAAUGACUAUUUUGCCUCAUUUGAGACAGGCCUUCCACACCUCCGUCGUUUUGCAAUUGGUCACAACCCAGGAUGGGACUCGGAUGAUGGAUGGGGGCUGCCAUUUGAGAAAGAGCUGGACCUUGUACCGGUAUUGAUGCAGGAACGCUAUAUGGAGUUUGAUGGAGGUAUAGGGCCUUCUCAAUUUAUUUCAUCACGGUGGGGACCUGAGCAGGAGGAUUGGCCACAUCGCGAUGACGAAGAUCGCGAGGCUUUGAAGGCAUUAUAUCGGAAGAUCAAGCAGCAGGUAGACUGUGGAGAGUUUGAUAUGGGACGUUACGAGGUUGCUGAUUUGGUAGAAGUUCACUAG